UGCCUUCUGUUCGACCUUCUUGGGCUUUGCAAUUGAAAAAACUUUUCCGUUAACCAUAUGGAGAAAAUCCCGUGGUUUGCCAUCCUAUUCCGCGUCUCCCCUGUGUCUCCCAACAUGUUAGGCGGGUCGAAAAGCGGGAAAGUUUCCCCUUUCUCUGCCGGCAAAUCGAUUUCCGGCGACUUUUUCGCGGAGGUGGAGAUUUCCCUUUCUCUGUCUGGACGCUUCAGAGAAGAAAAUCACUGUUCUAUCUCCUUACAAAGGGAUUUACGUGGAGAAAGCCUAUGUUUUGCUUCGCCUAUUCUUUUUUCGUUUUUCGCACGGUUUGGAACACACGACCCCGAUCUGGUCGAGAAAAUAUGUGAUGAUUUCUUUGAAUUCAUUAGCCAAUCUCUUCAUCCUGAUCUCCACAUUUUUUUAAAGUAAGAACUAGUUUGCGCAGGUGGAAAAGAGGGAAUGCUAUUUGGGGAAAAAAUUACCAUGGAAAUAAGAAAUGAUAUUCACGGGUUCAUAUUUUGCUUUUUUAAAUUAUUGAUUCUUGGUAUAAAGUAUAAACUGUAAGGCUUCUUCGAACAUUCCUUUCCACCUUAUUUUAAGCUGUUAAUGAUUCGGUUCGCUGUGGAUAUGCGAGUCGAGAGUUGGUGGCUGGUUUCUUUAUCUGAUGAAUAAGUCGGGUUUGGUUCCCGCUUAUUUCGGGAUCCGGAUCCUAUGGACCUCAUUUCAUAUAUGAACAUUUCGUUGCUGUUCCCUUCGUCUGGUUAAGCAAUGGAUCCUCUGUCCGGGUUUAGAAUGAGUUGUUGGUUAUAUUUCGGAUCUGGAAUGCAACUGAUCUGAUUCAGGUUGAAGUCCUGGACGGCGGCCAACCACCGAAGAAGAACAAGGCUGUAUCUCUGCUAAAAAAUUUUGAAGUCUUGCAGAUAAUUUGUCACUUUAGGAGGCCUCCACUGGUUUCAACUGCAGUGGCUGCUUGCAUGUACCAUGCGUGAGUACACAACUGGCAGUCGUUUGCUUGUCAAUUUCACUACGGUGACUUGGGGCUUGUAUCUGCUGUAGCAGAACCCCGUUAGUAGGUUUAACAAAUAAGCAGUGCCGAUCUAAUUAAUAUUCAAGUGAGAUCUGGUGCCUUGGACGGAUGUGAAACGUACACUAAUGAGAUGAAUAGUUUAGCUGAUGGUGAGACUGAAACUUCUUCUAUACUGCAGACAGACCAUUCUCAAGUAAUGCUUAAUCUGAGUUCUAGGCAUCGACCUUUGUCUCCAUUGAGGAUUUUGAGGGGUAUUUGCUGCCUCGUCGUUCUACUUUCGACAGCAUUUAUGAUGCUGGUUUGCUUAAGUCCUGUCGCAUAUGUCCUGCCAAGAUUGUUUAGUGUGCGCUGCAGUAGGAGGAUGACAUCCUUUUUCUUCAGCAAGUGGUUGUCAUUAUGGCCUUUUCUGUUCGAGAAAAUAAACAAGACUAAAGUUGUGUGGUCAGGGGAAAUUGUUCCUCCAGGAGAACGGGUAUUGCUUCUUUGUAACCAUAGAACUGAGGUUGAUUGGAUGUACUUAUGGAACUUUGCGAUAAGAAAAGGCCGCCUGGGAUAUAUCAAAUAUAUACUCAAGAACAGCUUGAUGAAAUUACCAAUAUUUGGUUGGGGUUUCCACAUUUUUGAUUUCAUACCAGUCGAAAGAAAAUGGGAACAUGAUGAGCUUCUUAUCCGAGAAAUGCUGUCAACUUUUCUUGAUCCCUUGGAUCCCCUCUGGUUGAUCGUUUUCCCUGAGGGAACUGAUUACACUGAGCAGAAAUGUUUAAGGAGCCAACAGCAUGCAAAGGAGAAUGGUUUGCCUAUACUUAAACAUGUGCUUCUUCCCAAAACAAAGGGUUUCUCAGUCUGCACAGAGCUUCUUAGGAACUCCUUGGACAAAGUUUAUGAUGUAACUAUCGGUUACAAGCAUCGGUGCCCGUCCUUCAUGGAUAAUGUUUUCGGUGUGGAGCCUUCUGAAGUUCAUAUACAUGUUCGCCACUUCCCGCUGCAAGCAAUCCCAACAUCAGAGUCUGAAGCUGCUGAUUGGUUGCUCAAUCUGUUCCAGCAGAAGGACAGCCUACUUUCAGACUUUCAUUCAAAAGGACAUUUCCCGAACCAAACCGUGGAAGUUGAUCUCUCUGUGCCUAGGUGCUUGGUGAACUUUGCUUUUGUCAUCAUUGUGACGACCGUAUGUACAUUCCUGACCUGUUUAUCCCCUUGGUUUAAACUCUAUGUUGUAUUGAGCUGUAGCUACCUUACGUCGGCAACAUAUUUCAACAUCCGGCCUGUCCCAUUGUUUGGUGGCAAGAACUGGACGUCAUGACUAUGGCUGUAUGUUGGGCAGCUCGCAUGCGGAGUUUUCCAAUCACCAUAUGAAUGGCAGAGAGGAGCUUUCUGUCUUUUACA